AUUCGCCGUACGAACCGGUACCGGUCCUCGUACACCUACCACACAAGUCUCAUUAUUUUCUUUGGGGGCUGGCUCCUCUCACAAUUGUUAUUGCGAUCAAUCUCAUUAUUAUUUCUGAAAAAGAUGCCUUUCUCUUGUCUUCUUCCAACUCUACUUUUGUUCUCCUCCUGGGUCGUGCCUUCGCACCAACACAUAUCUGGAUAUGUCUACCACAAGCCUGAGGAGGUCCGUGCGUUUUGGACUCCCGAAAGAAUCGCUGCUGCUUCGGCAAUAGACGACCCCGAACUUGCUAAUGCAACCGACGCUAAAUCGUUGAGGGCCCGGAGGUUGAAUGGUGCAGCUGUCGCAAACGCUCACUGGCCAGAAAAUACGGCGGCGGAGAAGAAAGUUGCAAAGGCCGUUGGAAGACUUAUGGCUGUGACUUCUGAUGGAAGAACGGGAUGGUGCACUGCAUCUGUUAUCAUCGAUGGCAAGAACGACCGGUCACUCUUGCUUACUGCCGCUCAUUGUUUGUGCAGCGAGGAAACCAAACAAGUGGGCACGGAAAUAAAGAAGAGGAAAGUUUGGAACAAGAUGUUUCUGUUUAUUCCCAAGAUUGACGAUGGUGAUCCUAAUACUGACGAUUCGACAGACCGAGAUUGUUCCAACGAUCCCCUGGGUUGUUGGAUUCCAACAAUCCCUCUUGUUGACAUGGAUUUCGCAAAAACAUUUGAUCCAAAAGAUAACCCUUUUGACUAUGGCAUUUUGGUGGUCAACAACAACGAAGAGUUCCAAACCAAGCAAUCUGACGGGACAGAUGAGAUGGGCCCUGGAGAUGGUGCACAUAUCCUUGACUUGGUUGUAGACCCCCUUGAGGUUGACACAUCUGCUACGCCGUUGCCUGCAAACAACAUGGCUCUCUUUGUUGGAAACCCAAGUGCUCAUGAUGCUGAGUUGAGGUACUGUAGCAACAAGGCAGUCAAGAAGCAGAAUGCCGACGCUGGCAACUUGGAACAAUGGUUCAUUGAAGGGUGCAACGUGCGCGGGGGUGCCUCGGGUGGUCCAGGUCUGUCCAGCGCAGGAGGAAAGAUCUUCUCAGUUAACGGUUUCGGCAAUGUGUACGGGCCUCUUCUGAGUGGUUACUUCAAAUGCGUGUUGAGGGCCGCAAAAGCUGUUCCCUUGAACAGAAAAGAUGGCGUGGUUGUUUUUGGCGAGAACUGCGAGCUUGGCAAGAAGAGUGGAGUCUUUGGGGACCCGCACUUCGAGGCUUGGAGCGGCAAACGAUAUGACUUCAUGGGGGCUUGCGAUCUGGUGUUUAUGCGAGCUCCUCUGUUUGCUCCAGGGCUCACGCUGGACAUCAUCGUAAGGACUAAGAUCCAUGCUUCAUACUCAUUUGUUGAGAGGGCUGUUGUGAAGAUCGGAGAGAACGUCUUGGAAGUAGCAAGCUAUGGAGAAUACUUUCUCGAUGGCGUGGACUCAGCUUCGAUGCCAAAUACCAUUGGAGGGUUUGAGGUGACACAUCACCAGAUUUCGGUGAACGAACACAUUUUUGACAUUGCUUUGGGAUUGGGGGAGAGCAUUCUUAUCAGGACCAUCGACCAGAUGGUUUCAAUUGAGCUAGAUGCUGCGGAUCCACUUCGUUUCAGGGAAAGCGUUGGAAUGCUCGGUGACAUCAAAUCAGGCAAGCUUAUUGCUAGGAAUGGGGUCACUGUUCUGGAGGAUGCGGAGCCAAAUGUAAUUGCCGCAGAGUGGCAGGUAAGGGACGAUGAACAAAUGCUCUUCCAAACUGCUGAGUAUCCACAGUAUCCCGAGAAAUGCGUUUACAACGUCAUUGCCACUGGCGACCUGGAGAUGGCGAGCGCUUGAGCUUUCUAACUGCAUUCGGCGGACACAGUUUGGUUCAGCUAGCUGGUUGGGAGCAAUGAUGUGACGGUCAGCUCCACCGCUCAGUCG